AUGUGUGAUUUUCCUUCAGAGGAAUCGCCAAAUGAAAGAAAAAGAUUUCUCUGGGGCGGAACUACCGUUCCCCCUUUUUUCGUUAGAGACAAACGUCCAGUUGGCCUUCCUGACAUUGAUCGAGGGACAGAAAUUCAGCAAGGAACGCCCCCUUAUUUUGUUUCUCUCUUUGAUCCUACCACAAACACUCCUUUUUACUCAGCCUACAAAGUUUUACCCGAGCAGGCAGCGAAACUUGGCACGCAUAGGAGACUUAGACAACGUUGGAGUGAUCCUCCAGGUACGUAAAUGGCUAUUUAACAAUUACUUACUUCAAGACCGAUUGGACGACAAUCAAUCCAUGAAACAAAUACAAAGGCUUGGAGCAUACCCUGCGUUGCUAUAAACACACAACGUUAUUUAGAAGUGGGGAAAGUCAUCAUAUUUCUACUUCUUAAAUUAUUUCCGCAGCGUUUCUUAAUAGAAGUACUAACCCCUUAAAGGCCUCUUUACUCGUAUGCUCCUAGAAAAGCCUUUUUUUGCAAAGAGAAAUGUGCAGUCAGAGGGCUUCAUACUCCCGUAAUUUCAGAAAAGAGAUACAAAGAAAAAAGGGACAUGGUUCCCUGGAAUGUUCAAAGAUCACUUUUAGUCUAUAACUAGUAAUUUCAUCAUCGUGAGAAACAACAAAAUAUUACCACUAUCGUCAUGGUAUUCAUAAGAAUAUGAAUUGGUUAUUUAAAUGUUAGAAGUUAUCCGUAUUCAUGGAUGACUGUGGCUCAUGAUUAUAGGUGUUCCUGGUCUCGAUGAUGCUUAUAAACAAGCCAACCGAGAAGCCAUACGCAGUUUCAGGAAUGAACUUACCAGAGGCCAUAUGAAUCCCUCAGGUAUCAACUCCUUUGACAUAAAUUUCAUGAGGGCUACUUUCACUCUUACGAAUGCUGUACCUCAGUUUGACACAUCAAACAACGGACUUUGGCAGGAGUUUGAGCAAAAGAUAAACGAUUAUGCCAAAAUUACCUGUGGGAGCCAAACCCGCCAAGGAACCCUUUACUUACUGACAGGCAGAUCUGAAAAUGGCCUUAAUGCUGUACCGAAGCCGCACGUUACGAACACAUUUACAGUGGGACGAAGAAGAGUGAGACUUGAAACUCCUGCGGCUGUUUGGACGGCGGGAUGCUGUGUGUGGAAAGAGCCCGGAAGGAUCUUUGGAAACUUAUGGAAAACUGAAAAGGCCGAGUCCUUUGCAGUGAUGAGCAACAAUCAUUAUGACAAAAAGCAGCUACACCAGACACAAAUGAGCGUAAAUGAGCUGGAGGCGCACUUGAAGGCACCAGCAUCGACAACGAACGUGGAUUUGUUUCCAGGAAAUACAAAUUGUGCUCGAAACAACAAAAGACUAUAA